GUCAGCCCAAAGCUUAACCGUCUCUGUCCAACUCUGAACACUCUCCAAGAGAGGCCUUAUUUUUCCUACCUCUCAUCACACGAUGCCAUUUCUCCCGCAAGAAGCAAGCCUCGACACCACACGGCACCGCCCUAGAAUUAUCCCGCGCUAAGCGUAGCCUUUUCCGAGGAGUGAAAUCGCUCGAAACCUUCAACCGUGAUCCUUGCAGCCGCACGCAAACCCGCGUAACCGCCGCACAGCGGCGUUGCACAAAGGCGCCAGCCAAAGCUUUCUCUGGGCUGGCAGAGACGCUUUCCGAGUUCAAUUGUUUUGCUCAAUCAACUCCAACUUCUGGAGACUUUUGACACAGAUUUGUACACACAGGAUCCGAUUGAUCCUCGAAAUCAGACUUCAGAUCUCGAAUAUCAACAAAGAUAGCCGAUCGCGACGAGGCUACUCGUCGCCACCCGCUCGCAACCAUGGCCCGCCAACCCAUGAGCAUGGAGGCCAUGCUCGACGAGGAGCGCCGGGAGGUUCUGGCGCUGCUCGAGGGCACGGCUUCCCGAGCAAAGAGUACAGGCGCUCGCUCUCCUUCUCCAUUUGGCAGCACGCGCUCGCCAGUGCGGAGCAUGCUCGACUUUGGCGACGAGCCAUCGCCCUCAGCGCAGAGCACGGGAAGCAAGCACCGCCCCGCACCCAUCAGGAGCAUGCUCGAUUUCGAUGGUCCGCCGAAGCCCAUCCGGAGCAUGCUCGACCCCGAUAGCCCUCCGAGCACCGCAGUCAAGCCGGCAUACAGCGCGACGACAUCGCCGCUUGCGAGCCCUCGCGCCCAUCCCGUACCACAAGCGUCGCACCAUCUGCGUAGCUUCUCAGAUGCGGCCUCAAAGCCUGCAGAGUUUGGGCCUCGGGCGAUCGCAACUCAAUCGAUCGACCCGACCGCUGGCUACCAGUUCUCUGGCAUAAUUACGAACCAUGCCGGACAGGCCAUGCCCAAGCGAGUGACGCAGGGCGGCAAGAGAGGCGUCAUGUCUGAGAUCAUGCGAGGUGGCGACGUGCAAAAUCUGGUGAUACCUGGCGACAGAGGUCGUCACUACUCGGUGAGCGGUGCAUCCACCCACUCGGCCAAGUCCAACAAGUCCAAGUCCCCGGGCCGUUCGAGCAUGCGAUCUUCCUCCCCCGGUACCCACUUGCUGUCAGGACGACACCUGAGCCCCGCAGGCAGGGCAGUAUUGGAGGAGUCCACUGGAAUGGACAUGCAAAACGCAUAUCGAAGGCUUUCAGACGCAAACCUUGCACGAUCGGGUGGCAGCUUGGCCGUCUUGUCGCAAAGGAAGCGAUCGGACGACGGAGGAUCUGCUCGCCUGGUCAAGGAUUACAUGAGUCCCGAUGGCGAGAUUCUCCCCGAGGAGAGCAGCGAUGAGGACGCCAGCACUUCUGACGACGAGACUACCCGUGGCCGCAAGGCUAGUCGUACACCUGAUAACGGCAGUCUGAAGAGUCCAAGUGUAGAGUCGAAGAAGCGCACGUCGCAAAGCUUGCUCGCUGCGGCAGAAGAAGAACGCCUACAAGUCGCUGCUACACAGCCCCAGUACCAUUAUAGGUCACUGCUUGAUGACCCCCAGAUUACGGUCACAAACCCUUCAGGAGAGAAAUCAAAGCCCACCAAGCCGGGUAUUCACCCCGUGACAAGCUUCGACGUCAGCUCGGGAACUCCGGGCACACGGACCCCGAUAGAUUCAGACACCGAGCAAGACUUCACGGAUAUCAAGCGAGCACAGAAGCUAGUUAUCUCCAUGACGCCCAUACUGAGCUCACCCGACGCACACCGCGCAAUUAGGAUCAUUUACCGUGGCGAGUAUGCAAAGGUGGUGCAAGACGCGGAGAAUGAGAACCGACGACUGAAGAAGUACAUUGUGGCGAGUGACAUGAGUGAGGAGUCAACCCAUGCACUGGAGUGGACGGUAGGCACGGUCUUGCGUGACGGCGACACGAUGAUUUGUCUUUAUUGUAUCGAUGAGGAAACAGGCAUCGUCAGUGACAAUGGACAGGUGCCGGACGAGCCUAAGGCCAUCAAGGAGCAGGCCGCUGCCAUUAACGCCGUUGCCAACUUCAGAUCCUCAGUUGUGGGCGGCAUUCCUGGCGCAUCAUCCCUGCUCCCGCUCAGAUCUUCCGAGCCAGGAAGCAAAUCGGGCAGCGGGAGCGGGAGCGGCGCCGCAAGCGCGCCGUUGGCGUCCCCGUCCCCCAGUUACGAGCGGACAAAGGCAGAAGAUGAGAGGGAACGGGCUAUCAACGACAUUACGGACAGGGUGACAAGGCUUUUGAGGAAGACAAGGUUGCAAGUGCGGGUGGUCGUCGAGGUUCUGCACUGCAAGAAUCCGAAGCACCUGAUCACAGAGGUCAUUGACCUGGUCAAUCCGACACUCGUAGUUCUCGGCAGCCGAGGACGCAGUGCGUUGAAGGGUGUGAUUCUCGGGUCCUUCUCGAAUUAUCUAGUCACCAAGAGCUCUGUGCCAGUCAUGGUGGCCCGGAAACGACUGCGGAAACAGAGCAAGUACAAGCGGACUUUGGUGCCACAGGUCAAUCUGCUCACCAACCCGACGGCACGAAGUCUCGCGAACGCCAAGAUCGACUAGCAGAAUCGACGCUCCGCGCGGAACUUCAGAAUCCGAAUUUACGGGGGACAUUCCCCACAGAGUGUUGAGUACGUGCCAAUCGACUACCAGGAAGCCUAUCGAGCUGCCGCGAUCCACGCCCAGGAAAUUGCUCUGGAUCUUGCCGACGAGACUGCUAAAGCAGCUGGCCAGGCAGCUCGACGGCGGAAUUCCGCGCCCUAGGCAUAUCAUUUUUUGACGAACGAGAGGUGUUGAAGUGGACUGCUGCAAAAGCGAUGUUAACAAGGCGACAAUCAAGGACGGGAUGAAACAGGGGUACGGAAGGGCCUGGUCGCUUGGACAUGAGAGAAGAAGAAAAAAGGCCCGGUGACUUUUCUUCCCAAGUAUAUUUUUAUUAGUCAGGCAUUUCCUGUACUGGCUUUACCCAUCAGACAAUGGUUCUAGACGUGAACCGAAGGUUUUUUUUUGGGUGUUUUUUUUUUUUCGGUGUGAAAAGUUGUUCAUGCCAUUAUCAGUCGACAGAGGAUAUCUUUUGCCUCUUAGAUACAUGCCCACUCUCUCCCCACUCAAUUUCGGUGUUUUUUUUAGGACAUAAUAUACCCUUUGAUAGUAUUAAAUAUGGCAAACAAGUAACGGGCCAUACUCAAUUGACUUCUUUCUAUUGUAAUCGAGACUAA